GGCAGGGAGCGGCUCCCGGUGCCGCCGCUCAGAGGGGUUUGGCCAUGGAACCCGGCAACGUGCACAGGGUCUCGCUCUGCACCCGCCGGGCUGACCCCCUGGGAGCUUCGUUUUAUCUCAGCACCUUCGGCCAGCUGAAGUUGUCCAUCGAGGUUCAGGGCCGGGUUUUGGUGCUGCAUGUUAUGGAAGCAAAAGGUCUGAUAGGAAAAGAGUACAGGACAUGUGACUCCUAUGUGAAGAUGUCAAUUGUGCCAGAUGCUGACUGGAAAUGCAGGCAAAAGACCAAGACUGUGCCAGACAGCAAAAACCCUGUCUUCCACGAGCACUUCCUUUUCCCAGUGCAAGAGGAGGAUGAGCUGAAACGUCUCCUGGUCACAGUCUGGAACAGAGAGAGAAAUUCCAGGCAGAGUGAGCUGGUUGGCUGCAUGAGCUUUGGUGUCAAGUCCCUCCUGAGCCUGGAGAAGGAGGUCAGUGGGUGGUACUAUCUCCUCGGGGAGGACCUGGGCAGGACCAAGCACCUGAAGGUGGCCAUGCGGCGGCUGAAGCAGAGCAGAGAGCCAAUGCCUGGCAGGCAGGCAGCAGUGCAGGAAAGCCAGGAUGCUGCCACCAUGGAGCAGCUGGAGAUCACCAUCCCUCGAGGAAGUGAUGGCUUUGGUUUCACCAUCUGCUGUGACUCCCCAGUCCGUGUGCAGGCAGUGGAUUCUGGUGGCCCAGCAGAGAAGGCUGGUCUGCAGCAGCUGGACACAGUGCUGCAGCUGAACGAGCAGCCUGUGGAGCACUGGAAGUGUGUGGAGCUGGCACACGAAAUCCGCAACUGUCCCACUGAGAUCAUCCUGCUGGUCUGGAGGCUCGUCCCACAGGUCAAGUCAGGCCAUGAAGCCAUGAUCCGCAGAUCCUCCUGCAAGUAUGACCUCCAGUCCCCCCCCAACAAACGGGAGAAGAACAGCACCCACCCCCCCCGGCCCGAGCAGCGCCGCAGCUGCCACGUGCUCUAUGAUGGGAAUGAGGGGCUGGUGCUGGACACCUGGGAGAGGUACACGGAGAUUGGGAAGCAGAGCCAGAACACCAUGCCACCCCUCUCCAGGGUCCCCUCCUCUGCUGACCAGAACUACAUCAUUUUGGCACCUCUGAACCCGGGGAGUCAGCUGCUGAGGCCUGUCUAUCAGGAGAACAACACUACUGAGGGAACUGCCUGUAAAGGGAAAUCACACACGGGGUCUGGGAGAAAAUCCAGGCUGAUGAAGACUGUGCAGACGAUGAAGAACUAUGGGAACUACCAGAACUGGACCUUUGUCAGGCCACACAUCCCACACUCCAGCUAUGGCACCUAUGUCACCCUGGCCCCCAAGGUGCUGGUCUUCCCUGUCUUUGUGCAGCCCCUAGAUCUUUGCAACCCAGCCCGGACUCUGCUUCUGUCAGAGGAGCUGCUGCUGCAUGAGAGCAGGAGCAGGACUAUGCAGGUGACCCUUUUUGUCUACUCUGACCUGCUGCUCUUCACCAAGGAGGAUGAACCUGGGCGCUGCAACGUGCUGAGGAACCCUCUCUACCUGCAGAGUGUCAAGCUCCAGGAGGGUUCAGAAGAUCGGAAAUUCUGCAUCCUUUACCUGGCAGAGAAGUCGGAGUGCUUAUUAAGUUUGGAGGCUUACUCCCAGGAGCAGAAGAAGAGGAUCUGCUGGUGUCUGGCUGAGAACAUCACCAAGCAGCAACAUCCGGCACCGGCUCCUACGGAGAGCAAGAUGCUGGAGACAGACACGGAGGAGCCGGGGCAGAUGCACUCGGGGGACGGGAAGGCUCCAAAGCACGAUGCUCCUCCUGCCACAGAGCCACCAGCUCCAGCCGAGCCCCGGGAGGCUCUGGGAGCCACCCAGCGUCCUCUCCUGCAGGAAAAGCAGUUGGUAGCUCCCCAGAAGGGAGAGGAGCAGCCCAGCUCCCUCCCAGCCUUCAUCAUCCCCGAGCUGCGGCUCGACAGCACCUUCAGCCAGAGCGCGGCGGGCACGGCCGGCGGCAGCACCACCGAUGGUGAGGAUGAGGAUGAGGAGGAAGAUGAUGAUGAUGAUGAUGAUGAGGAGGAGGAGGAGGAGGAGAGCGAUGAGCACUGCUUGGAGAGGAGCGAGGGGAAGCGCAGCAGCAUGAUUGAGACCUCGGGCUGCCCAGCUGGCUACACCCUGAGCGUGCAGAGCUCCCUGCGGCGCCGCACCCACAGCGAGGGCAGCCUCCUGCAGGAGGCCAAGAGCCACUGCUUCACCUCUGACACCACCCUCAACUGCUCUGACAGCCAAGGCACCAAGGGACACUGGGCCCUGCCCUCCCCUAGGACCCUGAAGAAAGAGUUGGUCAAAAACGGUGGCUCCAUCCACCAGCUGACUCUGCUCUUCUCAGGCCACAGGAAGCUGAGUGGAGCUGACCCUGAAUGUAGCUGUGACGAAGGGGAUGAGACCUCCCGCAAGAAACGGAGCAGAAACCUAGCCAAGGACAUGAAGAACCGGCUGGGGAUUUUUCGGCGGCGAAAUGAGUCUCCCGGAGCCAACCCCUCCAGCAAGCUGGACAAAGUCCUCAAAUCACUCAAGCCCACUCCCGAGGAAGCUCUCAAGUGGGGGGACUCCCUGGAGAAGCUGCUGCUGCACAAAUAUGGACUUGCUGCCUUCAGGGCUUUCCUGCGCACCGAGUUCAGCGAGGAGAACCUGGAAUUCUGGCUGGCCUGUGAGGAGUUCAAGAAGAUCAAAUCUCAGUCCAAGAUGGUCUCCAAGGCCAAGAAAAUCUUUGCCGAGUACAUCGCCAUCCAGUCCUGCAAGGAGGUCAACCUGGACUCCUACACACGGGAGCACACCAAGGAGAACCUGCAGAACAUCACCCGCAGCUGCUUUGACCUCGCUCAGAAGAGGAUUUAUGGGCUGAUGGAGAAGGACUCCUACCCCCGCUUCCUCCGCUCUGACUUGUACUUAGACAUAAUUAACCAGAAGAAAGCCACCUCCCCACUGUAGACCCAAGGACUCUUUCGGGGCAGGCUGGGAGCUGUGUGUUUACAUGGAGGGGAUGGGGGAACUGUGCCUCCCUGCUGCCCUUCGUGCCCCCGAGCCACAUUCCUGCAGCUGACGAGCAGCUGGCGGCCCGAGCACGAGGCGGAGGGGACCGAAAAGCCCAGCAGUCUGGUACUGCUCCAUCACCCCUCAUCAUCACCAUGGCUGGUACGACGCCUCCGAGGUGGCUCUGGUGUGGAUUUUAGCCAGGAGGGAAGCUCCCACAAGUCUACUGCGAAGCACCCACCCGAGCUGCGAGCCGCGUGGGGAAGGCGCCGAGUGAUCCCGACUCCUCGAGGAGGACUUCGUGCAGGGGGAACGACAGAACCACCAUCAACAUCCUCCUCGGAUAAAAGACUUGGGAAUUGGACCAACCCCACAAUGCUGCUGUGCUUCCCCGUGCCGGCGCCGGCUCCCGGCUCCCCCGAAGCAGCUUUCAGGCAGGAGCCCGGCACUUCCUUGGCUUGUGGCAGCAGUCGGGUCCUUUCCCUACGCCGGAGCUCUGCAACCCUCCCACUCCCACUCCUGGUUUAUUUAUUGACCUCCUGUAGCUGGAAGCCUCACUGUGUAAUAGGAAAUAAUCCUCGUGUCCUUUCCCUUCCUGAAAAUUUACAAGUGCAAUAUUUGUGCGUGUGGCAGCGGAGUCCUCUGGCAGAGUGGAUGCCUUUUGGUUUUGUUUUUAUUUUAUUUUUUAAUUUUUUAAUUUUUAUUUUUGUGUCGUUGGGCGCGUACAACGAAGUUAGGAGGUUGGGUCCAACCAAACAGGUUCCCUGGCAGCGGGCAGCUGGAGGAGCCUGGGUGUACAUAUCCUGCCCUGACGACGGAGAGUUUGGUGCUGGAGGAAAAGCAGCUCCGUGCCUCAGAUGCUCUCCUUACCCUGGAUAUAACCACCUCAUCUCUUGAGACAUGGGGGCUGUUGUGCUGCCCCUGGCCAAGCUGGCCGGACUGCCUGCCUCCAGUUUACAGUGCAAAGCAUCUCUGCAGCUAAAGAAAAAUUAAAAAAAAAAAAAAAA